AGCUCCUUGGCCAUGCAUCAGCCCCGUCCACGAUCGCUCGGCCGCCGCUUUCCUGUCCCGCAAUAUGGUCCUGGACCGCACUGCCCUGGAGCUCCUCGACCAGCUCGUCGAGCACCUGACGGGUCAUCCGCCGACAACCCCCGAGUUCCAAGCUGCGCGGCUGAAGCACACCCGGACCCUCAAAAUGCACUCGUUCCUCUCAACCAAUCCCAACCAGAUCCAGAGGCAGCUCAAUGGCCUGCGCGAUAAGCUCAAGAUCCGGAACCGAGGAGAUCGGACCGAGCUUUUGGGACAACUCACCAAUCGCCUCGUUCAUCCUGAAAAAUACGACAUGCUGCGGCUGAUCCUUGAGCUCUCCCGGAGCCCUGUCGACCACCAGUACGAACCCAGCCCCCUCAAGGAAGACGAGGCGCAGUCCCAACUUUUGACCUGGAAGCACAUCAUCGGGGAGGAGCCUCUCGUUGGGGCUCACUGGAACACUGUCCCGGAAGCCCAUGAUACUCUGGACAGCGACGAUGACGAUUUCGCAGGAUGGGAGUCUGACAGCGCAGGAGAUUCGUACAUUCCCGAAUACCAUGACCCACCGGAGCAACUCGAGGCUGAGCCGCAGAACAACGAGUCCUCGGCGCUGGUACUGGAUCUUGUCGCCCGGCAGUACUGGCAAACUUACAAGACGAUCAAAGAGGUCGAAAAGGAAUUCUCCAUCAAGGACGCUACGUCGCUGAAUCCGUCGCUCUACCGUCACGAAGCGAGUCAUCCCAGGACAUCGGGCCUCGCAGCGGGCUCUGGCUGCUACGUCGCUGAACUCGAUGUCAUUCGGGAGACCCUGUUGAUGUUGGCCGGGCUACCUACCCAUGCGUUCAUCAAGGACGGUAAUGGAUCCUACCGGUUCUCCAGGAAAAUGUCGUUAACGCACCUGACUGACUCGGCACUCGAGUCCUUGCUGGCACCGUUCGCCCAGCUGGGUAGCGAUAUGGAUCGGCUGAGGCUGUUCAACGAGACCAUCUUUCAAGAGGCUGGUUCUGGCCUUUCGCGGACUGCACAGGCAUUUGCGUCCGCUUUGUCCAAUUACAGUGCCGAGUUCGGCGAAACGUUGGCAAUGCUGGAAAGAAAGUACCGAUACACGCUCAAGAGGACCCACCGUGAUGAGCCACCGGAAGUCGCCACAUUGUUGGAUCUUACUUCCGAGCUCAUGCCUUCGAUUCGAAGACUCGGCAAGCUCACUCACAUCACCAACGAAGUCCAACGCCGAUGCCUGUCAGACGAGGGAUACGAUCGUUCAGUUUCCGUGACAAUUCUCUUGGACAUACUGCAUGACGGCAUGGUGAACAGCCAGAGCUCGAACUCGCCCGACGAAUUCGAACUCUACACCGACCUGUUUCUGAGAUCAACAGGACCGCUGCUGGAUUUGAUUGAAGCAUGGAUCUACGAAGGAUCCAUCCAUGACUUGUCGAACGAGUUCUUCAUACACGAAGAUACAACGGUCGCUCAGCACUCGUAUCGGUUCUGGGACGGGCGGUAUCGGCUCAAGGAAACGCCUCUGCCAAAGUUCUUAAAGCCGCUGAGAGAGCAUAUCUUUUCGGCUGGCAAGGCGCUGAAUGUGAUCCGUGCAACACAUGGCGCUGAAAUCCCUCCGAGCAAUCGGCCAACCCAAGGAUCGCUUCACGGAAGGACAGUAGCGAGAAUCAGUGCGUCGGUUGGUUGUGAAGAUCCCUCGCCACAGAACCUCCCUGACUAUCCGCUCAGUCACCCGAAUGCACCGACUGUUGCCCGACUCCAUGGUUUCGUAGCUUGCAUUCCCAAGAGACGCUCUCCGUACAUCAUUUCCAGGACGAUGUUCGCCUGCCUCUGGGAGCCGUUCGAUGAUACCUUGGUCUCGGCGAUGCGUGCUGAGAUUAUGCCGCAGUACGAGCUGGCCUCGCAUCUGUCAACUCAGCUUUUGUUUCAGAGCGCCAAGCUCAGACAGCAUCUGGAAUGCCUCCAGUCCGUCUAUUUGUUCAUGGCCGGACAUGUUAUGCAAUCGUUUUGCCAUGCCGUUUACCAGAAGAUUCUCACAAGGGAUUUGUGGUUCGAGCCUCACAUUAUCGGUAGUCUGUUCCACGAGCUAGUGACAUGCUCCGACAUUGUAGUGGACUCUUCCAUUAUGGGAGCGUCUAUCUGCAAUCCAGACCUAUGUAAAACCAGCCCCGAUGCUCUGCAGCAUCUGGCCGCGAUAAGCCUUCACUAUGAAGCGCCUUGGCCCAUCAACAACAUCAUCACACCCGAGAUCCUGGACAAGUACAACCUCAUCACGGGUCUCCUAUUCCAGGUCAAACGCACACAGUUUAGCCUACUCACAUCCGAGGAGCUCUCGCGAGGUCGGGGAAGUCCGUGGACGACAGACAUCCAGCGCAAGCGCGUGGCUCUCCGCAGUCAGCUGCACCACUUUAUCAACACCUUCCACAACUACAUCAUGACCACGGUAAUCAACACCGAGAGCACAAAGUUCCUGGCCAGCAUCUCCACAUUCUGCGACAUUCAGCAGAUCAAAACCGCGCACGACGAGUUUGUAACCACCGUUAGAGAUCGGUGUCUGCUCAACCCCAAGACUCUCGUCAUCCUGAACCAGCUCAAGGAAACCAUGGAGCUCUGCAUCGCGUAUACGUUAUUAUGCCACUAUUAUGACAACCCCUUGGCACGUCCGUCUCCACGCGAGUCCACAGAAGCCGAGGACCGCGAGAUCGACGGACCCGACCGGAAUCCCGGGAAUCCCUGGAGCACUGUCAAAAUUGCGCCGGCGACGCUGGAGAGGCUGAGGGUGCAGCGCAAAGGUCCUCCGGGCACCUUCAGGGCUGGCGGCGAAAUCACACCUUCGACUGCACCUGUUACGCAGCCACGGCGGGCAAUUCCAAAGUCGACAGGGCGCGGGACAGCCGGGGCAGCAAUCGCCAUGGCACAGCAGAGCCACCGCCAAAACCUCGAACGGCUCGAAGAGAGCGUCGUCCGCGAGAUCGAAAUGCGACAGCUGGAGUUCAGCCAGACCCUUGACAACCUCCACGAGGAGUUCCGCGCAUCGAUGCGGUUCCUGAUCGACGCUGUCGGCAACCUGGCCAGCCACGGGCUCUCGCAUCUUGAGAUGCUUGGCACGGCAUUGAAAGGUGUGUGACAACGGUGAUGUUCACAGGGGCUCUCGAGCAAGCG